GGGUUAAAGGGUCUCUAGUGUGGCCCUCGGGGGCCUCGGUCCUGCUGCCUAACCCUGCUGUGAGCCCACCAGGCCCCCAGCCAGCGAGAGCAUGAGUGAGCAGGAGAGGGAGACAGAGGAGGAUGAGGGAAGGGGCACUACGGACAGGACACCCAUGCUGCCCCGAAGGCCUCCCGACUGCCAGGCCUCAGAGAGAGCAGGUCUGGUCACCCGAGGCCUCGGGGCCCUGCUGCUGCCUGGCCGGGCCCUGGCUGGGCUGUUGCUCUACCUGCUGCUGCCUGUGACGGUCUUCCUGCUGGCACUCCUGCCCGCAGCUGCCAUCGUGUACCUGGGUUUCCUGUGCCACUCGAGGGUGCACCCGGCGCCCGGGCCGCGCUGCCACCCUUCCCGGCUGCGGAGCGGCUGGGAGCGCCCAGGGAGGAGGGAGGCGGCCCUCGGGGAAGGGGUGCCAGGGGAGUCCUGCACUCGCAAAGGCAGCACCUGUGUCCCCAUGCGUGGUCAGCCAGCGGGCCUCCAGCCAGUUCCAGGGCGGUGA